AUGGAAGAUUCCGAGUCAAUUUCUGAUUACUUUUCUCGAGUAUUGGCCGUAGUCAAUCAACUUAAAAGAAAUGGCGAAGAUGUUGAGGAGGUGAAAGUCAUGGAGAAAAUACUUCGCACUUUAAAUCCAAGUUUUGACUUCAUUGUUACCAACAUUGAAGAAAACAGGUAUUUAAAGACCAUGACUAUUGAGCAACUCAUGGGUUCUUUACAAGCAUACAAAGAAAAACAAAAGAGAAAAAUUAAACAAAAGGAGGUUAUGGAGCAACUACUGCAACUCAACAUAAAGGAAGCAAAUUAUGUGAAUUACAAGAGCCAAAGAGGACGAGGUUGUGGCCAAGAUCGUGGGCGUGGACGAGGACAUGGAGGAGAAGGAAGAGGCAGUUACAACAACUACUCUAAAAAUGGAGAAAGAAGUUGGAAUCCACAAGCAACAAGAGGUCGUGGAAGAGGAAAUUCAUGGUCGAGGUGUGACAAAUCACAAAUCAAGUGCUUCAACUGCAACAAGAUCAGACAUUAUGCAUCUGAGUGUAGAUUCUCGAAGAAAGUUGUGGAGAAAGCUAACUUUGUAGAAGAAAAAGGCGGAGAAGAAGAAACUUUGUUGCUCGCAUGCCAAAAUCAAGUUGAAGAGAAAAGAAACAAAUGGUACCUCGACACCGGUGCAAGCAAUCACAUGUGCGGCGAUCAAAGCAUGUUCGUAGAGAUCAAUGAAGCGACAAUUGACAAUAUCUCAUUUGGAGAUGACUCAAAGAUACCGGUCAAAGGCAAAGGUAAAAUUCUUAUACGCUUAAAGAAUGGGAGUCAUUAA